AUGGCCGCCAUUGCUACCCGUGCCCUUGCCUCCGCGCCGGUUGCCUUCGAGGCUACAAGCCAACGCCUUGUCGCCGGCAAGGCUCUGCGCUCCGCUGUCCCUGCCAUCUCUGCUGUGCGCGGCCAGAGGCUCGUUGCUCGUACAAGCCUUGAGAAGCCCACUCGCCAGACCUACUUCGCCUUCCCCCAGUCCCUGAGCUACCUCGAUGGGACCCUCCCCGGCGACUUUGGCUUCGACCCCCUUGGCCUGUCCGACCCUGAAGGUGCUGGCAACUUUAUCGACCCCAAGUGGCUCACCUAUGGCGAGCUGAUCAACGGCCGCUGGGCUAUGCUCGGUGUUGCCGGCAUGAUCGCUCCCAAGAUCCUCGGCAGCUACGGCAUUGGCCCCAAGAUUGUGUGGUUCCAGUUUGGUGUGAUCCCUCCUCUUGGCGGCUACGAGUACAGGGCCGAUCCCUAUGCUUUGUUCGUCCUCGAGAUCGUCCUCAUCGGCUUCGCCGAGCACAGAAGAGCUCAGGACUACUACAAGCCCGGCUAUGGCUCCAAGCAGUACCUGCUGGGUCUUGAGAAGGUUCUCGGCGGCUCUGGUGACCCCAUCUACCCCGGUGGCCCGGUCUUCAACUUCGCUGGCCUGGGCAAGACCGAGGCUGAGAUGCACACCUACAAGACCAAGGAGGUCACGAACUCCCGCCUUGCCAUGCUUGCUGCCCUCGGCUUCUUCUUCCAGGCGUGGAUCACCGGUAUGGGCCCGUACCAGAACCUGCUCGACCACUUGGCCGACCUUGCAACGGGAAAAGGGGGGGGGGGGGCGGUGCACGUGCCCCCGGUGCGCCGCGGCUGGCGACGGGGCAUGGCCGGGGCGGGGUCGGGGCCGCAAGUGGCGGCGACGGGGCCGCUGGAGGCGGCGACGGGGCCGCUGGCGGCGACGACGGGGCCGCUGGCGGCGGCAAUGGGGCCAAUAGGAGCGGCGACGGGGCCACUAGGGUUGGCGACUGGGCCGCUGGCGGCGGCGACGGGGCCGCUGGCGGAGGCGACGGGGCCGAUAGGAGCGGCGUCGGGGCCGCUAGGGUGA